AUGGAUUAUUCCCACUUCGCCCCGCAUCCGGCCCAGCCUUACUCGACAUUAUACGGGUUGCCCACGCCUGAUCAACCACCUCAGCAGCAACCCGAAGAUGUCCUCCAGGAUCCAUAUGCCAUGGUAUGCACGAUUCAACUUUCCUUUGGGAUGUCGUGCGGUGCAGUCUCUGAUCCUCCUCUCCAGCAGGGCGCUUACAGCCAAUACUAUCCCGGUUUCGAUCCAUCAUUUCGGAUUGACCCGUCCGCGUCGUUUGUGCCGCCGCCGCACUCGCCUCCCGACUCGUGUACGAAGCAGUCCGUGUCAAGCAAUGACGUGCACAAUCACACCAAACUGGAGCCAGCGUCUGUCGACGAAGAUGAUGGCCAGUAUCACGACCCGACCGUGCGAAGUAGCAGUGAAGAGAAGGAGUCGCUGACUCCGGCGCAAAGCAAGCGCAAGGCUCAAAAUCGCGCAGCUCAACGAGCCUUUCGCGAGCGCAAAGAGCGCCACGUCAAAGACCUGGAAGACAAGGUGACCACUUUGGAACAGUCAUCCUCCACCCUGCAAGCAGACAAUGAGCGAUUAAAGCGCGAGCUUGCCAAAUACGCAACUGAGAAUGAGAUUCUACGAGCGACAUCACAUUCUUUAAACGGCAGCAGCAAAGGAGGUCCUGCUCCGGCCGUCACGGGGCCCAUGACAUAUUCCCCAACAGACUUUUAUUCCACUCUAGUGCCUGGAUCCGGAGGCUCGGUGCAGAUUCCUCAGGGCCAGCACCGCGCCACAACAUGUCCGAUCACCGGCGAGCGGCUCCUGGACGCAGGUGCGACGUGGGAUCUGAUUCAAAACCACGAGCUGUUCAAGCGUGGACAGGUCAACAUCGGCGAUGUGGCUGAGCGGUUGAGAAACAGUGCCCAGUGCAAUGGGCAGGGCCCCGCGUUCAAGGAGACUCUCAUCCUGAAGGCGAUUGAGGAGAGCGCGGCUGACCGGGAUGAAUUGAUCUAA